UAGAGACCACCUCUACGAUGGAGCUUGCACUUUUCUCCGUCCUUGCCAUCAGCUUCUUCUCGUCUCGCAUCCCAGCUUCCCGGCCUUGGAAGGGGGAUCCUUCUUCAUCCUUGUCUCAGCUUCCCAAAUCUUGGCAUCGCAAAGGUUGAACGACGGAGACCGGAAGUGCGCGCAGCAGCGCAGGGUACCCGGGAACCAACACCGGAAGUAGCUUUGCUGCAAGAUUCCGUCCGCUGCGCUAUGGCGGCGAUCCCCCCAGACUCCUGGCAGCCGCCCAACGUAUACUUGGAGACCAGCAUGGGGAUCAUUGUGCUGGAGUUGUACUGGAAGCAUGCUCCGAAGACCUGUAAGAAUUUUGCUGAGUUGGCACGUCGAGGUUACUACAAUGGCACAAAGUUCCAUAGGAUCAUCAAAGACUUCAUGAUCCAGGGAGGUGACCCAACAGGAACAGGUCGAGGUGGUGCAUCUAUCUAUGGCAAGCAGUUUGAGGAUGAACUUCACCCAGACUUGAAAUUCACGGGGGCUGGAAUCCUCGCCAUGGCCAAUGCAGGGCCAGACACCAACGGCAGCCAGUUUUUCGUGACGCUUGCCCCUACCCAGUGGCUUGAUGGCAAACACACCAUUUUUGGCCGCGUCUGCCAAGGUAUAGGAAUGGUGAAUCGAGUAGGAAUGGUGGAAACAAACUCCCAGGACCGCCCUGUGGACGACGUGAAGAUCGUUAAGGCGUACCCUUCUGGGUAGGCUUGCUGCUCUUGAGGGCACGCCUGGAUCUUCCGGGAUGGCCUCAGUGAACCAGCUUCUGGAUGACCUAGAGUGACAUGUACUUAAACUUCAUUUUGGCCUUACAAAUCACAAAGCUAAGGAGAACUGGGGUCUUGGGUGAGUUAGAGCUGGAAGUAUAUUUUAAGAGGAAGCUGCUUUUCUCUUUCCCCAGUGCCUAGGUUUGACAGAGGGUUUGCAGAAAUGCUCAUAAGUGAUCACUUACAGUGAACCGCUCGUUGCAAAUGAGCAUAUACUGCUCCUCCUUGCGCGUGUCUGUGCUGAUGCACUUGGAACAAGAGGAAACCGACUCUGUCAUUCCAUAGUGCCGAACCAAACUUCUUCCUGCAGGGAUUUCUAUUCUGGCCUACACCGCAGGCUUUGGUGGCUGACAGCCACAGAAUUCAAAACCAAGUAGUGUCUAUCAGCCUUCUUAACUCUGUGCACACCCUAUUUCAGUCUCCUACAUUUGUUCUUCCGGGAAUGUAUGCAUCUCUAUAUAUAUUUUCCCUCUCAAAACCAGAACGUCAACACUGCUGUUUCUGACACUGAGACAUCCCACGCAAAGCCACAUUGAAUUUUUGCCAAAUGAAAAAUGCAUCCAACAAUCAAGUUUCUAAGAAGGUGUCAAGUGGGGAAUGAUAAUGUGUAAUAAUCAAGAAAGGAAUUUAUUAAAAGGCAGCGGAAACAUUGACCAUUUUUUCCCCAGGAAGGAGUAGAAGUCUGUAGCGAGCUUAAGGACAGACUAUGAAUUCUCCUUAAAAAGCAGUAUUGUCAUAAAGGGGAGGCCCCACUGAAGUUUUUUUAACCUAAGACUAGAGAAACUAGAUAAGGAUUUUUUAUGUUAAGUUUUUUAAGUCUUUCUGAUUUUUUUUUUUUUUUUUUUUACGAGUGGGGAUAGUGGUAAGAGAAAGGAAGUGAAUGUCUAUGGAAUACAUAGAAACUUCCCAAAUAAAAUACCACUGAUGGUUGA